GUAGGAAGCGCGAGCGCCGGGCGCCGGGCUGUCAGUGAGCCUGGGGCCAGCGGGCGAGCCAGCGGCUCUGGCUCGGGCUCCGGCUCCCGCUCUCGCUCUGCGCCGCACCGGCCUGACUCUCCCCGGUCCCCGCCGCGCCCCCUCGCCGCGUCCUCGGCCACCGGCCCGCGCCCCCCGCCGGGGGUCGCCCCGAGCCCGCACCUCUCCGCCGCCGCCCCCGCCCACCCGGCCCUCCGCGGCCGCAGCUCCCCGGCGGAGGCAAGAGGUGGUUGGGGGGACCAUGGCUGACGUUUUCCCGGCCAACGACUCCACGGCGUCUCAGGACGUGGCCAACCGCUUCGCCCGCAAAGGGGCGCUGAGGCAGAAGAACGUGCACGAGGUGAAGGACCACAAAUUCAUCGCGCGCUUCUUCAAGCAGCCCACCUUCUGCAGCCACUGCACCGACUUCAUCUGGGGAUUUGGGAAACAGGGCUUCCAGUGCCAAGUUUGCUGUUUUGUGGUCCACAAGAGGUGCCAUGAAUUUGUUACUUUUUCUUGUCCGGGUGCGGAUAAGGGACCCGACACUGAUGACCCCAGGAGCAAGCACAAGUUCAAAAUCCACACUUAUGGAAGCCCCACCUUCUGCGAUCACUGUGGGUCCCUGCUAUAUGGACUUAUCCACCAAGGGAUGAAAUGUGACACCUGCGAUAUGAACGUUCACAAGCAGUGCGUCAUCAAUGUCCCCAGCCUCUGUGGAAUGGAUCACACAGAGAAGAGGGGGCGGAUUUACCUAAAGGCUGAGGUUGCUGAUGAAAAGCUCCAUGUCACAGUACGAGAUGCAAAAAAUCUAAUCCCUAUGGAUCCAAACGGGCUUUCAGAUCCUUAUGUGAAGCUGAAACUUAUUCCUGAUCCCAAGAAUGAAAGCAAACAAAAAACCAAAACCAUCCGCUCCACACUAAAUCCCCAGUGGAAUGAGUCCUUUACAUUCAAAUUGAAACCUUCAGACAAAGACCGACGACUGUCUGUAGAAAUCUGGGACUGGGAUCGAACAACAAGGAAUGACUUCAUGGGAUCCCUUUCCUUUGGGGUUUCGGAGCUAAUGAAGAUGCCAGCCAGUGGAUGGUACAAGUUGCUUAACCAAGAAGAAGGUGAGUACUACAAUGUACCCAUUCCAGAAGGGGACGAAGAAGGAAACAUGGAACUCAGGCAGAAAUUCGAGAAAGCCAAGCUUGGCCCUGCUGGCAACAAAGUCAUCAGUCCCUCUGAAGACAGGAAACAACCUUCCAACAACCUGGACCGAGUGAAACUCACCGACUUCAAUUUCCUCAUGGUGCUGGGGAAGGGGAGUUUUGGAAAGGUGAUGCUUGCCGACAGGAAGGGCACAGAAGAACUGUACGCAAUCAAAAUCCUGAAGAAGGAUGUGGUGAUUCAGGAUGAUGACGUGGAGUGCACCAUGGUAGAAAAGCGAGUCUUGGCUCUGCUUGACAAACCCCCAUUCUUGACGCAGCUGCACUCCUGCUUCCAGACAGUGGAUCGGCUGUACUUCGUCAUGGAAUAUGUCAACGGUGGGGACCUCAUGUACCACAUUCAGCAAGUAGGAAAAUUUAAGGAACCACAAGCAGUAUUCUAUGCGGCAGAGAUUUCCAUCGGAUUGUUCUUUCUUCAUAAAAGAGGAAUCAUUUAUAGGGAUCUGAAGUUAGAUAACGUCAUGUUGGAUUCAGAAGGACAUAUCAAAAUUGCUGACUUUGGGAUGUGCAAGGAACACAUGAUGGAUGGAGUCACGACCAGGACCUUCUGUGGGACUCCAGAUUACAUCGCCCCAGAGAUUAUCGCUUAUCAGCCAUAUGGAAAAUCUGUGGACUGGUGGGCCUAUGGCGUCCUGUUGUAUGAAAUGCUUGCUGGGCAGCCUCCAUUUGAUGGUGAAGAUGAAGAUGAGCUAUUUCAGUCUAUCAUGGAGCACAACGUUUCCUAUCCAAAAUCCUUGUCCAAGGAGGCUGUUUCCAUCUGCAAAGGACUGAUGACCAAACACCCAGCCAAGCGGCUGGGCUGUGGGCCUGAGGGGGAGAGGGACGUGAGAGAACAUGCCUUCUUCCGGAGGAUCGACUGGGAAAAACUGGAGAACAGGGAGAUCCAGCCACCAUUCAAGCCCAAAGUGUGUGGCAAAGGAGCAGAAAACUUUGACAAGUUCUUCACACGAGGGCAGCCCGUCUUAACACCGCCUGAUCAGCUGGUUAUUGCUAACAUAGACCAGUCUGAUUUUGAAGGGUUCUCGUAUGUCAACCCCCAGUUUGUGCACCCCAUCUUACAGAGUGCAGUAUGAAACUCACCAGCGAGAACAAAUGCCUCCCCAGCCCCCAGCCCUCCCCACGGUGGGAAGUGAUCCUUAACCCUAAAAUUUUAAGGCCACAGCCUUGUGUCUGAUUCCAUAUGGAGGCCUGAAAAUUAUAGGGUUAUUAGUCCAAAUGUGAUUAACUGUUCAGGGUCUCUCUCUUACAACCAAGAACAUUAUCUUAGUGGAAGAUGGUACGUCAUGCACAGUGUCCAGUUUAAUUCUGUAGAAGUUACGUCUGCCUCUAGGUUAACCCUUCCUAGAAAGCAAACAGACUGUUGCCCCAUUUUGGGUACAAUUUGAUAUACUUUCCAUACCCUCCAUCUGUGGAUUUUUCACCAUCGGAAUCCCCCAACCAGAGAUGUUAAAAUGAGCCUAUCCCAACCCAGGGGGCUGGAAACAUCUCUAUCCAAGACGUCUUAGAAUCCAAGAACAGGAAGCCAAGAGAGUGAGCAGGGAAGGAUUGGGGGUGGGGGAGGCCUCAAAAUACCCUCUGCGUCCAUUCUCUGCCUCCAUGGAAACAGCCCCUAGAAUCUGAAAGGCCAGGAUGAACCUAAUCACUGUUCCCAAACAUUGACAAAUCCUAACCCAACCAUAGUCCAGCAGUUACCAGUUUAAACAAAAAGAACCUCAGAUGAGUGUUGGGUGAAUCUGUCAUCUGGUACCCUCCUUGGCUGAUAAUUGUCUUGAUACUUUCAUUCUUUGUAAGAGGCCAAAUCGUCUAAGGACGUUGCUGAA